GCAAAACACACCGAUGGCACUCGCGUGUGUUAACGCGCCACAGCUCAAAUUCGGAUUUUUGAUUUAAAGCCGAUUUCAGUCUAAUUCAAAUCAAAACCGCGGCUUCACUCACGCGAUUCGAAGCACUUUCUCUUUCUUGGUGAGACUUAAUCUGCGUUUCUAUUUGUCAGUUGUAUCACACUUUGGUCCUAAACUGUUUUGUUGUUUCCUCCGGUGAGGCUUCUUUCGUCUUCUACUCGACAACGAUUCUGCAAGACAGAGAAUCGAAAGUAGUGCUUUCCGUGCACUUCACCCUCCACUCUACAAACAUACUAUCAAACUCUUCACAUUGUGCAUUUUGUUGAAGAGAUUCCAUCUGGGUCUUUCUCAAAAAUGGAUUCAGCAUCGCCUAUCUCAAUCCAGCAGUCUCUGUACCCAGACCCAUUACCAGAAGCCUCACCAAAACCUUCCAAGAAGAACUUCGUCACUACCUUAAUGGAAUCAGCCACAAUUCGCACUCCUUCCUUCAAAGAAGACACCUACUUCAUAUCCCAUCUCAAGCCCGCCGAAAAGAAAUCACUUCAAGAGCUGAAAGAGAAGCUGGCUGCCUCUUCUGAGCCCACUGAGUGCUCAAUGUGGGGGAUUCCUCUCUUGAACGGCGACGAAAAGGCCGAUGUGAUACUGUUAAAGUUCUUGCGAGCCCGGGAUUUCAGGGUCCUGGACUCGUAUAAUAUGCUCGUGAAGUGUUUGGGUUGGAGGAAGGAAUUUGGGGCAGACUGCGUCGUAGAGGAGGAUUUAGGGUUUAAGGAGUUGGAAGGUGUUGUGGCUUAUAUGCACGGUUAUGACAAGGAAGGACACCCUAUAUGUUACAAUGCUUAUGGGGUUUUUAGGGAUAAAGAGAUGUAUGAGAGGAUUUUUGGGGACGAAGAGAAGCUGAAGAAGUUUUUGAGAUGGAGAGUUAAGGUUCUUGAGAGAGGGAUUAAGCUAUUGCACUUUAAGCCUGGUGGAAUUAACUCCAUUAUUCAGGUUACUGAUCUUAAAGACAUGCCCAAACGAGAACUCAGGGUUGCUUCAAAUCACAUUCUCUCUCUGUUUCAGGAUAAUUACCCUGAAAUGGUGGCUCGUAAGAUCUUCAUCAAUGUACCAUGGUACUUCAGCGUCAUAUAUUCAAUGUUCAGUCCCUUCUUAACUCAGAGGACCAAGAGCAAGUUUGUGAUCUCCAGGGAAGGAAAUGUUACCGAGACUUUGUACAAAUUUAUCAGGCCAGAGGACGUUCCAGUCCAGUAUGGUGGACUGAGUCGAACCAGCGAUUUAGAGAAUGGCCCACCCAAACCAGCCUCUGAGAGUGAGUUCACUGUCAAAGGAGGAGAGAGAGUGAACAUUCAAAUUGAAGGCAUUGAGGCUGGUGCGACUAUAACAUGGGACAUAGUGGUGGGUGGAUGGGACUUGGAAUACAGUGCUGAAUUUGUGCCCAAUUCAGAGGGUAGUUACACCAUAGCAGUGGAGAAGCAAAGGAAAAUGGGUCCAUCAGAGGAAGCAGUUCACAACUCCUUCACAUCUAAAGAAGCAGGAAAAAUGGUUCUCUGUGUGGACAACUCUGCCUCCAGGAGGAAAAAGGUGGCCGCAUACCGCUACUUUGUCCGAAAAUCUACUGUUGUUUAGCUUAACUAGGAGUUCAAGAGUUUCAUUAACUAAACACUGUGUUCUGGGUGGUCCUUUGUAUGUGUUUUCAUCUAAUUUGGUUCAAGUUUGUUGGUGUUAAUGUUAGUAAAACUAGUAAUUGGUAUUAUGUAUAAGAACUGAUGGUACUGCGGUUAUUAUAUGGCUUAAUUAAUAUAUAGAAAGAUGUGAAAAAGUUCACUCUUCUUGGCUUUUUGCC